AUGAAUAAGCUGGCCAAUAUGCGCCACUGGUCCGAGAGGAUGAGCCCAAACUUUGGCAUGGGUCGACCCAGUGUGCCCAUGAACAGCUUGAGCAAAAACGUGUCACAGCCUGGCCUUCCUCUUACUUCUCCCGCCCCCGAUGCCACGAUACACUACUCGUUCAACGUUCCGUUCGCCUCCGACCUGGUUGGUCCCAACACCGAGGAUAUUCUGCAUGCUACCAACGAUGCUGUGCUGAGAUGGACGCACCCCGAGGACGCACCGGAUGAUGUCCACGUCUACGAGCUCCGUGCUCAUGCCCAAAAUCUUGCAAAUCUGCACAAACUCUGCAAGGAUCUGUCCACCGGACCUCUGCCUAUUGAAGCCCAAGUUGUUACCACUACUCCCAACAACGGCAAAGACCAGCAGAUUACCACCAUCUGUCUUACGGGAUCCCCGGAGCUCGUCAACAAGAGCCGGGAGACCAUUCUAAACGAGAUCCCCAUAUCCAUGCGAUGCACCAUAAUUGACAUUGAGGGAAGCUUGGUCUGUGACCUGAGCGCUGGUGUGCUCAAAAAGCCUGUCCUCGAGACUUUGGAUUCUAUUUCCGCCUACUGUGGUGUUGACAUCUUUCUGUUGGGCCCCAAACUAACUCCCAUGGUGGACGGAAUGCUGGGCGAUUCCGAGAUGCGAAUGGAUCAAAGAUGGAGAGUUGCCAUAUACGGUGAUAUCUUGUCGUCCGAGCAUGCCAAGGCCCGAGUGCUCAUUCAAAUCGACUCGUGGCUUGGUCGAAUGGUGGAUGUGGCGAGGAUCGAGCUGUCGCUUCACCAGCUAGUCUGUGGACGACAUCGCAAAAACAUCAAGAUGAUUGAAUCGUCGACUGGCACGGCCAUCUAUUUCCCUCCCAUGUUCUCGCAAAUGUACCGGUAUUGCCCACAGGGUGCGAACCGGCGCGACCCUGCAGAGAUCUACAUCACCGGAGAGUCCCCCCAAGCCAUUGAGAUGGCUAAGCAGAAGCUGCACGAGACAGUCUCUCGCAUUCGCCUGUUCGUCAAAGACGUCACCAUUCCGGCCGCAAAGCUGGACAACAUUCUAUUGGGCCGCCUGGACAAAGUUCGUAAGAUCCUCGAAGCCAACGGAACGUACAUUAUGCUCCCCCCUCUAGCAUGCCAGCGUACAACGGUCCGAGUCCACGGAAGCGAAGGCCUGCCUGUUGAGCGAACUGUCCGGGAGCUCAUGUCACUGGCUGGCCAGUUUUAUGGCGCCGGGUGGUACGUUCAGCAGCCGGAUGCCAGAAAUGUUCCUACCCCCGCAGAAAUCAAUGACAUGCUCGCCGAUAUCUGCGCCCACUCUGAUGCCGAGGUGUCCUUUGACAAGGCAUCCUUUACCGUGACUGGUGCCGAUGAUUCCGUAAAGUCUGCCUUGGCAGUCAUCUCCGAGCUGAAGCUUGCAACUCUGUCUCAGUAUCAAAUUCGUGUCAAGAUUGAGCUGGCGAAUGAGCACAAGGAAUUUGUCAGUGGUAAAAAGAACGGCAAAAUCAACAAAAUCAUGGGACAGAGCAAUGUUCAGAUCAUUUUUGACGGCUUCAACGAAUACAACUUCAACAUCGACGUCAUGGCUGCCACCUACGAUUCCAUGAAGCAAGGUCUGACCUUGGUUGAACAGGAGAUGCCAGCAUCCAUCUCUUUCCACGUCCCCGAUCAGUAUCACAAGCGUAUAAUUGGCAUUGGCGGACAGCACAUCCAGCGUAUCAUGAAGAAGCAUUCAGUCUUUGUCAAAUUCUCCAACGCUAUGGAUAGAGGGGGCAUGGGGCGUGAAGAUGACGACAUCAAAGUCGAUAAUGUCAUUUGCCGUACGCCGGCACGUAAUGCCCAAAAUCUUGAUGCUGUCAAGAAUGAGAUUCUCGAAAUGGUCGACCGAGCUGAUUCCGAGUAUACUUCUCAGAUUGUUAGUGUUGAUCGGUUGUACCAUCGCGAAUUGAUUGCUCGUCUUUCGGAAAUCGACGAGCUUGAACAGAAGUACAACUGCAAGAUCAACUUUCCUAGCACUGAACAAGCGAGCGACGAAGUCACUGUCACUGGUCCACAGUGGCAGGUGCCUCACUGCGUUGACGAGUUUCUUGGCAUGGUCCCGGAUAGACACGAGUUGGUGCUUGCUCGCAGCCCGAAAUUGGUCAAGUUUCUGGAGUCCCCCGAGUUCGCGCAUGAUCUUGUCCCCAAGCUGAAGAGUCAGUAUGAGGUGGAGGUCACCGUUCACCAGAACCCUGAUGAGAUUACUGAGGAUGGUGCUCCCACUGCUACUCUCGUCUGGGGCUUCACGCGCAAUAAUGCGGGAGGUCUCCGAGACGCGAUUGACUUCUUGCUUGCGCAGUUUGCCACUGCCAAUGUCGAAGCCAACAUCGUCAAGGGCUCCAUUCCCCGCCCCAAAUCUGACUCGUUUGAAGAUACGCUUCAGUACUUUGACUCGAAGCUGCUCCAGCACGCGCCCGCCUCGGCAGCCAGCGAUUCCCCCAUCAAGAAUGCCUUCAAUGCGGACAUUGCCCGAGAACGCAGCAGUAUCCUUGAUCGGCUCAGGAAACCCGGAAGCAUGACGUCCAUCUCUUCGUUCCUGGACCGCAGAAAGAACAGCUCACACUCGGCCGCGGGCAGCUUCUUCAAGGGCUCUGCCAAUGUGUCCAAAUCGUCGCUCAUCUCGAUCGAGUCCACCCGCAGCUUCAAUGCCGACCGAAACCCUUGGAACGACAGCGGCGUGAACCUGGCUGACGACGAGAACCCCUGGGCCCGCCCCAUCAGCAACCACCACUUCGAAAGCAAGUUGACCAUCCCCCUUCCAAAAGACAUCAUCGCUUCACGUCACACUACCCGCGCGUCUGGUGAUAGCGGGAGACCUUCUACUUCACACUCUAUGAAUUCAGGAUACCCCGCCCCCAUUGGGCCUUUCCGUUAG